AUGCCCAGAGCGUUCCUCGUAAGGAAGCAUGAAGCUCUCAGCCAGGCUAAAACAGAAGCCACAGAGCUCAGUAAGGCCCGUGCCUCACCCCGACCAAGUGGCGUGACUAUGGCCCCGUCCAGCCUAUCUCACCGACAGUCCCCAGUCAUCGUCACAAAGAGAUCACCGUCCCCUGUCCACUACGGGAACCCAUCGUUCCCAGUGUCCAGACAGUUUUCUUACUGUGUUCACAGAUUGUUACCGUCUGUACCCCGGGCUAGGUCCCGGUCUCCUGUCGCCAGAAAAUCAUCUUCACCAGUUACAAGGCGAUCUCAGUCACCUGUCACAAGAAGGUCACCGUCUCCUGUCACAAGAAGGUCACCGUCUCCUGUCACAAGAAAGUCACCGUCUCCUGUCACAAGACGAUCACCGUCUCCCAUCACAAGACGAUGGCCAUCUCCACCUUUCAGAACCACCUCUCCCUCAGUGACUAGUUUAUCACCCACACCACAGUUCACAAGACAAUCUCCUUCCUUUUUCCACAGACGGUCGCUGUCACCAAGUAUCAACAGACCAGCCGUCAUCAGCCCAGUUCUCCGUGAUGUUAAACCAGUUGUUGUGACACCCCGACCGGCCGAGCCAGUGACUCUCCCACCGGCAGUGGCUCCAGUCGCCAGGGUAGAGAAGUCAUCGCCGUUCAUCCGAACCGGGGGAGAGGGCGACCCUUUAAAACCCACGAACAGGAGCCCGACCGGCAGUCCAUCGGAACCUCCCCGGCUUCCCGACCCCUUCACUUUCUGGCAUCACCCUCACAGUUUUACGCAUCACGGCUUUCUCCCAUCCAACCUGAACCAUUUCUACCGCCUGGGAGCUGCCGGCCUCGGGUGCUCUUUACCUUCUCUCCAAGACACGCUGACCAGUUUCCGCCCGUACGCUAGUGCUCACCCCGCCGAGAGGAGGUUUCCCGGCUCUUCGUACCACUUGUCCCCUCCACCUCCGCUCAUCCCGUUCCCUUGUUCACCUAGCCCAACUCACCACAGUCCAGUUAAAGUGAACGGCAGUUUAAGGUUGGACCACUCUCCGCUGGACACUUCUGUAGCCGCGCACAAGUCUGCCUUCGCCCUUUCUCUCUCAAGAUUCCCAUGGUCCAUCGAGGAUAAGCUCCCGCUGGAUCUGGAAGUCAAGUUAAGUGAAAAACGACGCAAGAGGGAAGGUGAAGCUCCCAGGUACCAGUGUGAGUCAUGCAGCAAGAGCUACUCAACACUUAGCGGACUCUCAAAACACAAACAGUUCCACUGUGUGACACAAGUGAAAAAACAAUUCAACUGCAAGUACUGUGACAAAACCUACGUAUCUCUGGGCGCGUUAAAGAUGCACAUUCGCACCCAUACUCUACCGUGCAAGUGUAAACUCUGCGGGAAGGCCUUUUCCAGGCCGUGGUUGUUACAGGGUCACAUCCGUACCCACACGGGCGAAAAGCCGUUUAAGUGUAGCCACUGUGGCCGUGCGUUCGCCGACCGCUCGAACCUUAGAGCACAUCUACAGACACACUCAGACGUGAAGAAAUACAGCUGUAAAACCUGCAGCAAAACUUUUUCUCGAAUGUCUUUGUUGCUGAAACACGAGGAUGGAGGCUGUGGUGGUAUCACGGGACAGUGA